UACCAUAUCAAUACACCAUGGGUAGGCAGUGGGUGGUGUGUACGCAUCAGUGAAAUUGACAAUUGUUAUAAUUAAUUAAUUUGAUAAUUUUUUUCUCGCCAUUUAGCCAUUUACUAUUUGUGAUACUUUAAUUGUUUAUACUUCAGGUUUAUUACACCACGCCGUACUGUUGCCAUAUAUCGGUUUUCGGUUUUCUUAAUAACUACGAUCGUCGCAAACUCGACUCGACUGUUGCACGACUGGUCGUGGGUGGGUGAUCCAUCAUGGCACGAUCAUGCUCCUCGUCUAGCGAUACGUCGUCACCCAAGUACGAGUUCUCGGAUUCCGAUUCCGAUCACAAGCAGCGUGGAAAAAGAAACCGUCCCCGCCGUUUGCCGACCAGCAACAGUAAGAACGCUGUGGCCGCCCGCAUAAACCGCAUGAAACAGAAACAGUACGUCAAGGACCUGGAGCAAAAGAUGUCGCGGCUCAAACGUGAGAUCAAGGGUGUGAAACGGGAGUUGAGGGAACGUGAGGAAAAGUGGGCUAGCAGCCGCCGACAGGUGGCCUACUUGCGCAGCAUGAUUGCUAACAGCCAUCAAAUUGGCGGUCUGUUGCGCAACAUACGCUGGAGGAAUAUCGUCCCACAAGGUAGUAAUAUCGACAAGACUCUAAAUGAGUUAAACUCUGACGCGAGUGUUGACCACUUUCCUAUUACCGCGAGCCAUAGUCUGUUUGAUGGUUAUUUUGAUUUGUUAGAGGAAAGAGACAGAGACCACCCCCACAUGGUGCCGCCUCCUCCAGUUGUACCUCAAGAAGAAGAGGGCUGGGCACUGUUAGACGGUGUCAACCCUACGACGACUGAGGUAGGUGUAUGCUUACAUGUAUCUAAUAGAAGAAUAUCUGUUGAGUUUUGUGAUGAAUGCUCAACCCGAUUUUACGAUAAUCCUUACGGUUUGCAAAUUUAAGUUUUUUUUAUUAAAAAUAUAACUGAAAAUAAUAUUUGUGUACAGUUCAAUUGUAGUUUAAAUUUAUUUAUUUAAAAAGCACUUUGUUUUAAUGUUACAUUAGCUAAAAAAAUAUUCAUCAUACAACAUUUAUUUUAAAUAUUUGAUUCAAUAAGUGUUUCUUAUUUUGGUGUACCUGUCCUCUCGGAUAUAAAAAAUAUUUCUGUUGGUCUUUGCCCCUAAUUCAUUUUGAUUUUAGUUUAUUAUUUUUAACCUUGAUAUAAUACUGUAAUUCUUAAAUUGUAUGUUUGCAUAAACCUUAAUGACUUUAUUAUGUCUAAACAUGGUACCUACCUAUAGUUACAGUUAAAUAUUACGUUUUUAAAAUGUUUUUUUUCAACGAUUUGAUUUGCUUUGAUUGAAUACAUUAUGUUAAUUUUAGAAAACCAUUUUUUUGUACAAUAGUUAUUAAUAAUUAUUCAGUUUUAUUUAGUCAAUAAGUAUAAGAUAAUAUAUUACAACGUAGAAAAUUGGUCAUGUUUUCAAGAUUUGUCUAGUGUUUAUUUUUUAAAUUUUGAAUACAUAGUUUUGGGAGGCUGUUGUUUAAUUUAUCUUAUCAGUGGUGAUAGGAUUACAAUAUCAACAUAAUUAAACAGUUGUCUUCCAAAAUGUAUACUAUCAAAAAUUAUUUUCUCAUUAUUAGAUAAUGGUUAUUUUGAAAAAUUUCAGCUAUUCCAAGAAACCGUCCCAUCUAAAUAUGUAUCAGUGUGCACGUUGUUACCGUAGAAAGACGGUUGUGCGCCUGCAUAUUCGUGGCGUAAAUGAUCUUAUUAAUUAACAGAAGCUGUGAUCUCGCAUGUACAAUUUUACAUGCCAAACCUUCAAAUUAGGCAUAAGGUAAGAAGCGUUUUUGAUUUUGAUUAAUUAUCAACUUUUAAUGUCUAAAGCAUUUAGCGUGACCAAUUUUCUUAUUAAGGACAGUGGAAGGUUGGUUAGUUUUGUGUAUUAAAAACAAAUACAAUAAUAUGAAUGAUAAUAACUAAUAUUAUCAAUUGAUACAAAUUAAAUAAUAUAAUUUUAAUAUUUUUCCAUUGUCCUUAAUAUUUUAUAAUUAGUGUAAUCAAUAUUAAGCCUUAUGUUUACAAUUAAAUAUCAAAUAUUUUGUAUUAAAUGUAACAGUGUUGUUUUAUUUUGCUAAUAUAAUUUUUUUUAUGAAUAAUUAUCAAGUUUGUUAUUUGAUUUUUAUUAAAUAUUUAUACCUAUGAAAUGUUAUUUAGAUUUUUUUUUUAUAAAAUUAUUUAAGCAAACGAUUAUUGUUAUUAUUUUUGACAAUAUUAUAAUUUAAGUCGUUUUAAUACUAAAUUUAUGUAAAUAGCUUAACAUAAACAGUAAUUUUAAUUAUACGAAUGAAAUUAUUGUACAAAUUAUAUUUAUUUAUACUGUG